AAGAGGACGUGACAUCACACUCCUAUAGCACUCGUCGCACAAAUCAACGGAAGCAACCCACACUGUGGGGAUUAAAUUUCACCUCCUUUUUCCGAUUGGUGUCCGGAGACGAACAGUGUAAUCCUACACCUAAGUUUUUGACACGUUUAAUAUAUAAUAAAAACAUAAGCUGCUUGGGAGUUUCUAAUACGUUUCAACGCGAGCGCAUGAGCAAACCUGUCAAACUACAGGACAAAUAGAACUUUAUUUACUUUGUUAAAGCCAACGAAGUGUAUUUGGCGGGCGUCUCUAAAUUCUUGAAUAUUUUGGAGGUUCAAAGUGUUAUUUUAGGGAUUAGAUCAAACUACAACAGCGGAGGAGAUUCGUGAGCAUUAAAAUGGCUUCUUCCUUAUUCAACUAUAUCAUUCUUGUUGUGUUGAUGUGCGAAUUGCAAAAUGUCUUCGCUGGAACACGAUAUCAACCGUCGAUCAUAUGGGAAAGAUUCAACCCAAUCCUAAAAUGCAAAUGUAACUGGAUGACCAUCACAAAACUGGACAUCUAUGAUCGCAUUGAACUGGUCUGUCCAAAUUCGAUCCUUGUCUCUGCGCUUCGGCUAGAAGACGUCUCAAAGGCACACGUGUUUUAUGACAUGUAUAUAAGAAAGUUUUACAUCAGCGCGAAUAACUCAUUGGAAGAAUUGGAAAAAGCAUUACACGACGAUUCAUUCUGUGAUCCAACUCAAUCAAAAAAACUCUACAGCUGUGUAAGAGACGAUCCUCGUGGAGCAUAUAAACUAAGAAUACAUAGCGACGAUGACCAUCGCGAAGGAGACAUAUCUGUGAUAUUCAGUAAUUCUGAUUCAGGAGAUCAGGGUGAUUUAAGCAAUACACGAAAAAAAUGUGCCUUGGUUUUCAUAAUCAACGUGACUUCGUCGAGCGGAGAGAAGUAUGAUAUGACCUACAGAAAAUGCUUAUCACAAGAACCAAGUUGUUAUUACAAAAAUAAAACUUGUCUUGCUUGUCGUGGCGAAGGCUCUUCAAAUGAAAAACCUUCUACAACAUCCAAAACAACUAGGUCGAUGACAACUUCUCCAAGCGGCCCUAAGACUACAGAAUCAGGGGUUUCUACAAAACAAAGCGCCCCUACAAAAUCAAGUGUGCCAACACGUCGAAGAGUUACUACCGGACCAGGUGGAACUGAAAAUGUUAUCAAGAAAACUAACCGUAAUACUACUGAAGAAGGUAACACUUCUGGACGAAAAUCAGACACAGGAUGUAAUUUCAAAGCAUGGCACUUAGGUGUUGGGAUCGUAGCUGCGUUCGCAGCUGGAGUUGGGGCAAAACCAAUGGGUGACCAAAUUGUCAACAGUUAUAACAAAGUAAACAGGGAGAGGAGUACAGGAUUACAGGAUCCGGAGCGCGAAGCAUACGCUAAUCCAGUUUUCCAUUCAACCACACCAAUUUUUUCCUCAAACGACACACCUGAUGGUGAACCAAAAGGUGUGGAACUCUCCAAUGGCUUAGCGGCUGUUAAACCAAGCGGUGAACAACAUGAAGAACCAAAAUGCUUGGCGGCUGUUAAACCAAGCGGAAGAAAUAAUGCACUUCCACCUUUAAGAAAUAACUCAAAACUUCCUCCUAUAGAAAAAACUCCGAUCAGUGAAUGGAACGACAACGCACCAUAGCGAUGAUGGUGUUGAGACGUUACGUAUUAAAAAAAGUAGUCAACAUGUGUUAGUGAUUCAAAAUGGUGAUUAACGUACAAAUAUAUGAAACCCUAGCCCGCGUUGCAUUAGUCUAUGCGGCAUGCGCGCAUCAUGUUUAUUGCCGAAAGGUUAUCUCACGGAAUUAUUCCUGAUGAGAUGGAUUGGUUGCUAUGGGAACAAUUUCGUUUGGCCACCUUUGGAAACCAUUGCUAUAUUUGAAGCGCAUGCUGACGUUUCCUGACUGAAACCUUUUGGCUAACAUGGUAGAAAUAUUUAAAAAAAUUGUAAAAUAUGUGGUAUAUUUUAGAUUUUAUAUACAUUUAGCUCAUUGGCAUACAUGUAAAUUUAUCUACAAUUAAUAUUAAACGCGGUUAAGAUUAAUAAAAGAUUUCCAAUACGGGU